ACCACUGAGAUAUAUUUCCAGCUUGUCUCUGCACCACAAAACAGGACACUCAGGAUGAACCCUCUAGUUUUUGUUGCGUGCCUCCUGGCCACUACCAUGGCCGCCCCUGCUCCAGGGAGUGAAAGCAGUGAGGUUGCAGCACAUGCUAAUACGGCCCUGAGGUUGAUGGAGAUGUACAGGCUGUACCAGCAGCAGGGAUUGGCUGGAAACCCCUUCCUUCCUGCAGCAGAUGCUCCUGCUGAUCCAGCUGUUGCAGCACUGGUGGAAACAGCCCCAGCUGCGCCUGCUGAUGCCGCCCCUGCACCUGCCCAACCUGCUGAAGAAGUGUCAGAAGAAGAGACAGAGGAGGGAGGAAACCCCGCCCCUAAAGCUGCAGCACCUGGUGCUCCUGCUGCCCCCUUGAACUCUGAUGAGCAAGAGGAGGCCGAGGAGGUGGAGGCAGCUGAACCAGCAGCACCGGCAGAACCAGAGGCGGUAGAUCCAGCCGCACCAGCAGAUCCAGCUGCGGCUGACCCUGCAGCUCCAGUAGACCCAGCUGUGGCGGAGGUCCCUGUAGAUGGUGCUGAUGCUGCACCGGUUGAUGCUGCAGCUGUUGAUGUACCUCCUGUUGAUGUGGUCCCUGUAGAAGCGGUCCCUGCUGAGGUGGUCCCUGUAGAAGCGGUCCCUGCUGAGGUGGUCCCUGUUGAAGUGGUCCCUGCUGAGGUGGCCCCUGUUGACGUGGCCCCUGUUGAUGUGGCCCCUGUUGAUGUAGCCCCUGAUGUCCCUGCAGCUGCUGAUGCUGGAGUGGCAGCUGAUCCCGUUGCAUAGUUACCAUCCUCUUAUUUUCUAGCUUGAGUUCAUGUUAGAGGUUAAACGGUGGAUAUUUUCCAUUCAAAUGUAUACAAAAGUUGUUGCAUGUUAAACAGAGACUGGAGAAAUAAUGUGAGGGAA